AUGUCGGGUGAAGACGCGUCUUCGUCGCCCGUACAGUCUCGUUCUACAACUGGAAGACCACCUCUUGGGACGUCGUCGUCGCAUUCAAAUUCGCCCGUUCCUCCUCAGCAUUUAUCCGAGUUCUACUCGUUUGUCAACCCGGGUCUUCCCAGUCCUGCUUUUAGUGGAGUGUCUCGAGACAGAGAUAUUGACGGUGGUGACACGGGUCAUGGUUCGAGAGGAUUCAUGUCAGGGGGUCAUGGACAUAAUAAUAGAAACAAUGCUGCUGCUGCUGGUUAUGGGUAUAACCAUUCAAGAAACAAUUCUUCAGCGUCCACAGAUGAUCAUGUAGCAGGUUCUGCUGGUGUGGCAGCUGGUGCUGCUGGAUUCAUCAAUCGCAAUACUGGUUCUGGGACUCCAGUUCAUGGAUCUUCUUCAAUGUCUGCAUAUGGAAUAGGACCCGGUUCGAGACCUGGAUCCGGUUUAGCUUCUGGUCGACCAGGUUCGGCUUCGGGACCUGCUGGUCCACCUGGAGGUCCAGGAACUAGCAGUUCGCCAUGGGGAUUCGGUCUGUUUCGUAAACCGUCAAUAGCAUCUUUUCAGACGGCAGAUUCGACUAUGAGUGCUUCUUUUUCGAAUAUUGGUAAUAAUCAUCCGGAUCUGCCAGCAUUAAUCACCUCGAGUGAGAUUGAAAAUACAGCCAAAACGUACCAAAGCCUGCUGGAUUCAGCAGCUCGAUACCGAGAAUCCAUUCUAACAAUGUCUCGAGCAGCAGCAGACUUUGGUCAGGCUUUAGAGGCAUGUUCUAGAUGUAAAGGAGCAGGUAGUUCAUCCGAUGGACUACAAGCAGCUGGAGGAUUACACUAUCUUGUGUCGAAUCACCAGCAGAUUCUCGCCAAAAGUAUAACAUCAGCAUUUGAAGUACCAGUCAAGAAACAGCUCGACUCGUUCACUCAAGUAGCCAAGGAAAACGAGCUCAAAUUUAAAGCCGAGUUGAAAGAAAAAACUCGCAAUCUGAAAAGAAGAGAAGCAGAAACUGAGAAAAUGGCCCGUCGAAGGGUACGAAAUCUCGCUGACUACAGAAACUCUCUGCUAGAACUGACUUCGCUAGUCGAUGAUAUUGACCGACUCAAGUACUCAUAUUUCCAAUCUGCAUAUGACGUUGCUGAAACAACAUCCAACGAGAUGCUACAACUAGCAGCGUCCGUCGUGAGAGCCGAAGUCGAGAUCUAUGAAGGAAUUGCACGAAAAGGAUGGUCAGGAGGUGGUCUCGAAGACCUCAUAUCAACCUGUCCUGAUCCAUUUACUGUUGACAAUGACGACGAUGACCCAAUUAACGGCUCGAAUACUAUUAGUAGUAGCAGCAGUAAAUCCGGUGGCAUUUCUGGACUAUACGGGUUAAUAGCCGGCAGCGGCAGUACAAAUGGAUCUAGCAACGCUGCUAGCGGUCAUGGAUAUAGAGACGAUAAGAGCGGCAGCACGUUUAAACGACCCAGUACAGCAUCUGGCACAUCGAGCCACAAGACUCCUAAACAGAUAUUUAGCAUUUUACCCAGCAACUCGAUUCUGCCGCAGAGCCAUAAUUCUGUGGCAGACAACUCAGAAGACAACGAUCCAGGCGACAAUGAAGACGACGACGACGAUGAUGAGGCCGAAAACGACGAUGUCGGUACUAUUAAAAAGAAGGACCGACAACCGUACGACGACGGAGAAAUUAACAAUCUCGACUCACCAAGUCACCUUCAAGAAACGAACGAAAACGGUUACGAAACGAAAACAGAAGAAGACAACGAAGACAUUAAUAACCACAAUAACAACAACAACGAUACAUAUAACACGACAUCCUCAAGCGAGUCGCCGAAAGACGACUCGUUCUACAUCGAACGAAACGAUUUCUCAGCCGGUCCGUCAGACAGCCGAAUCCUGAGCUCUCACGGCUGGAAGAGCCAAGAAUUCAAAACCGGUUCACUCGAGUCGCCAACGACCCCACACCGACCAGACGACGACCUCGACGAGGUCAUCACCGACUUCAGUCGCAUCCCGACCCUGACGUCCACACCCAUCGCCGCCAAACGAAGCUUCUCCUCAGAUGACCUCGACGAGGCCAUCAAGAGCCCCCACAAACACAUGGAAGUGGGCACCACCUUCUACUAA